CGUGAGUGUGUGUGUGUGUGUGUGCUGGCGUAUAGAUUUGUGUUGUUGUUCUAAUUUCUACCGGUGGCACACUUUUACAAAAUCCAUAACCGUGCCGUAGAGUGAAAGGUGCGCACGCUUUCCAGCCAAACUGUGUCAAAUUGAGACGGCAUGCUGGUGCAGGAAGAAGAGGUGCUUACUAUCGGUGCAAAAGAGAACGCCCGUACACAGCAGCGUGUGUAUCGUGGGAAAACGGAAAUCAUGUGAAUCCUGAUUCGUUAUCCCAGGCUGCAUUCCGACGUAGGCCAGCACUAGGUCAACCACACCAAAGCAGCAGCGUGCGAAAGCAUAAAGGGCUUUAUAUCGCGCAGUGUUGUCUAGUCACUGAUAACGACAAUAUCCUUUAACAGGACCCUCGGUAAAGAUUUCGGUAGUGGUAGGGCCAGUGCAACUGUACCGUAAAGUCGGAUGAAAAUUAAUCCCAACCUCAUCCAUGGAUAAAACAUCGUGUGCUACUAUUACCGAAUCUUGGGAAUAGUUCUUGUGUGUUCAGCCGGGCCGUAUGACCGUACAGCUGCUAGAGUAUAGAAAUGUGCACGCUUUGUGAAGGGGAAAUUUAUCACAGAUUAAUCUGAACACGAGCAUGGUGGAUCUUUUGCUAUCUAUUUUACUUGGAAUCCUUUGUUUAAUCUGUCUACUCAUUUGUGUUUAAAACAGGAAAAAAUAAACAAAUUUUAACAAUAGGUAGUAAAUGGACGGAAACAAUUCAACAAAGCGUUAGACUGCCGGUUAUGAAAUUGUGACAACUUGCUGCAGAAUGGUAUAAAAAAGUGCUUUCAAUGGUGGCAGUACAUUGCACAAUAUUCGUCCGUAGGCACAACAGGGACGCUUUUCCUUCUUCAACCUGCCGGCUGUCGCUGAUGUUUUAAUGAGCCCUCGAGAACUGGUUGACAUCGCAGUCACACGCGGUCACACGUGCUAAAUGAAUGGAAAAAUGAAAAUAAAACACCUCCAGUGCCAGUGUACGUAGUAAAACGAUAGCUAAGGCCGGCGCUUUUUCGAGUACUCCCCUCGAGUCCCGGGGCGUUUAACUCAGCUUAAUUAAAUUCGAACAAUCAACGCAACGUUCGCAUCCGUAAACGGGUAAAAUUAGUGCUGCAAGGUACGUGUAAAACGCACCCGAUAGUUCGUUCGGUUUAGUUCGCGCGAACGAAUAUUCACCCGCAGUGAUUAUAGUGCUGAUGAUCGCGAACGGUCAUAGCCUCUAUCGUUUGCCUACCGGAGACAACCGAUGCACCCGGUUAACGACUUCCAUCAACAGAAACCACCCAACGGUCCACGGCUUUCGUUUUGGCUAAUGGCAGUGACACACCCAUCCGACCGGCCAUUACUUCCGGGACGGCAGCAACCUCUGGAAUGGCACUCGCUGUAAAUCGUGCCAGAAUUGUAAUGUUUAGUGCGUUUUGCGUAGCUGUGUGAAGCAUUGUGUUGUAAGUGUGCUUUCACCGUGUGUGUGUGCGUAUGUGUAUGUACCGGUGCAAUCACAAAUGAGUGUCAGCAUUCGCAGGACAUAGCGAAAACCCCCGGCCACCAGACACCCUGUGUUGUGUUGUUCUGUCGUGGCGCGCGCGUGUGAGUGAUGCGAAAGCGCACCGGAUGAAAAAUGUUUACCAGCCGCAGUGUAUCGACAGCACAACCGGAAGUGAACGUCGCUGGGGCUACGCUGCAUUUAACCGGCCCGAUUCAAACCACCCUGAACGGUACGCUCGCGACGGUAGCGUCCGUGCUAACGUCGGCCACCGGCACGGUCGCCUCACUCACCUCACCCACGAUGGCACCGACGUCCGGCGGAGGGCUGACGGUGUCGGAUGGUGGCGAAGGUGGUUGGAAUGGUACCGCCGACCGGUCCGGGACCGUCACCGCCCUCAACGUGACCGAACCCACCGCGUCAACAAUCGUAGAACCUGCCGAUCGGCUCGUCGAGCUGACGGUACUGUGCUUGAAGAGUCUCAUCUUCGGAUCGAUCAUCAUCGGGGCUGUGCUAGGCAAUGCACUCGUUAUUAUUUCGGUGCACAAAAAUAGAAAGUUAAGAGUAAUAACCAACUACUUUGUAGUAUCAUUAGCAAUGGCGGACAUGCUGGUAGCAUUCUGUGCGAUGACGUUCAACGCAUCGGUGGAGCUGUCGGGAAGGUGGCUCUUUGGAGCGUUCAUGUGCGACGUGUAUAACAGCCUGGACGUUUACUUCUCGACAGCGAGUAUACUUCACCUUUGCUGCAUAUCGGUCGACCGGUAUUUCGCCAUCGUACGUCCACUCGAGUAUCCGCUGUACAUGACGCAACGGACGGUGUUCUUCAUGCUGGCGAACGUUUGGGUGCUACCGGCACUGAUAUCCUUUACGCCCAUAUUUCUCGGCUGGUACACAACAACCGAGCAUCUGGCGGAGCUGAAGAGUAAGCCGGAUCUGUGUAUAUUCGUUGUAAAUAAACCGUACGCAAUCAUUUCCAGCUCGAUCAGCUUCUGGAUACCGGGCAUCGUGAUGAUAACGAUGUACUACCGUAUAUACAAAGAAGCGGUACGUCAGCGGAAAGCACUGAGCCGCACCAGUUCCAACAUUUUGCUGAACAGUGUGCAAAUCAACAAUGCAUCCAACACGCUACACGCAAACCAUCACCACAAUCACCAUCAUCAGCAUCAUCGGAAUCAUCAUUUGCGUGCGAGCGACUGCGAUCUCGGCAUCGAUAUUAAAGACAUCCAGCACGAUACACACAGCGAGCUGAGCGAUCUUGACUUACAGGUGCCAAUAGUGCCAACGGUCGUUGCCAACACUGACGACGAUUUUCUAGUUCCGUCCUCGCCACCGCGUCGCUUGAGUCGCAGCAGCAUCGAUCUGCGCGAUCUAGAGUACAAGAACGAGGGCAAAAUUAAAUGCUCCGACAGUGUAUCAUCCAUCUUUCCGCUGCAUUACGACAACAACCUGCGCUACUCGGGCUCGGAACCGAUACACAUAAAGGACGCACAACAGCAGCAACAACAGCAACAGCAGCAACAGACCGAUCAGCAGCAGCGUCGCGUUUCACGCAAGGAUAGUUUUCGCCAGAUCAACUUCUUCCAACCAUUCUUUUCGCGCAACAGUUUACUGAAGACAUACAUCAAGAGUGCCGCUGGUAGUGGUGGAGGUGGUGGUGGUUCUGCUUCUGCCGUUGGAAUUGGCAAUGGUACUGCAGCGGCCGCCAAUAGUCUGAACAACAGCAACUCAAACCGAUCGUCCGAACGGAACAACAAAAACAACGACAACCGUUCCAAUAAUAACAUACUUGAUUUGAUCAACGUUGCGUCCUCGCUUAACAAAGAUUCCGAGAAGGAGGUGAACACUCACAAACGGCAUCAGAUAGCAGCCAGUGAAUCUGAUUUUCUUACCAUGAUUGAAAAGCAACGUCAGAAGUUGGGCAAAAACACCAACAGCCUAAAGAACUGCAACAAGGACGAGAAGGAGCUGAUAUACGCGCUGAGUGAUUCGGACUUUAGCACCGCCAUGCAGAAGCAGGAUGAAGGUGUGGCUAGACGGUGCUUUAAGAAUCUGGUCAGUAGCGAAGUCGGCAAGGAAGGUAUCUUCAAAAUUGUGCUUAACAGUGAAGGGAAUGGUACUGGAGAAGGUGUUGCUCCGUCGGCAGUGAUCAGCGCAACAGGGAUGGAUGGUUCCGGCACGAUGGAUACACCGGACAUCUUGAUCGGAUGUUUUGAUCAUGGGUUCACGGGAUCACGGCCUACCCUGAAUAGUCCGACAGUCAAAGAUCUCGUCGCCGAUGAGAGUGCGCUCAUUAAAACGUCCAGCUUGAAGGUGGCCGUACCGGCGAACGGUGUCGGUUCAGUCGAAGUAUUGGAAGGACCGAAAGUGAUCGAUCUCAUAUCGACGAUUAACGGUGGCGAUGAGUUACGAUCACCGAAAGCUUCACUGCAGAGCCGUUCGGCAGACAAUCAACUAUCGGCAGCGCUAAACGUGUCGCUGAAUGCGCGUUGCAGUCCGGUCAAUAUUCAGCUCAGUGAGGCGUCCACCAUUUCGCUCGAUCUGGUCGCGACAAGCCCCAAGGAGAAACUUCCCAAGGUGCCAGCGUCGGCACCGGCAACCGUCACUACGAUCGACAUUGCGAGCGAGAUGAUGAUGCUGUCCGACAACCCGGACAUAGUGAUCGACAACAGCCAUACGGGUGCGACGGUAUCGCCAACAUCGCGCACCGUUACACCCUCGCGAGCACCAUCGAUCAUGACGCCAUCACCGCAACAUCCUCGGCUCGGCCGGAAACGGCAGUCCUCGACCGUGACGUACAACAUUAACGUAAUCAACUUCCAGGCGAGUGAUAACCCAGACGAUGACACGAGCUUUCAGCUGAACAAUCGGAACGGCAGCGGAGCGUACGGUGGUAAUGGUGGCGCGGCAACGGCAGGUGGACGAUCGAACAGCUCUACGAACUCAAGUCAAAAACAUCAGCGCCGUGGCGCCAUUUGUAUUGUGAUCAACAACGACAAUGUGGUGCACGCGAACGAUACCGACACGGAUCUGGACGAUGACGGAUGUGCCGGUGGUGGUAUGUGUGGUGUGCCCGGUUGUGACGGUACCGGAAGUCGUACCCAUGGCGAUCAGCACUAUCAGCAUCCGCACCAUCAGCAGUUCCAGCAACAGCACCAGCACCAGCAACGUUAUCGGCCGAAUCAGCCAAGCUGUUGCUAUCCGGCCGGUCACCAGGACGAUGGUUCCGGUGCGGCCUCCUGCCGGCACCAUAAGUUCCGCAAGAUCAAAUGCCUGUGGAACCAUCUGAAGCGGUACGGGUUGCGUCGUGCCCCGUCCGUGCAUGUGUCCUGCGGCGGUGGAUGCGAGUUCGGUCCACCCUCACCCACCGUUUCCACCAGUGCCGGUGCCGGAAAUCGGUUAACCGUGCCCAGUCCCGUACCGCCCGGUUGCCGGCAGUCGCGUUGCCCCAGCGUCGGAUGUGGAGAAGGUGGUACCUCGACCCGACCGUCGAAAGGAUGGCGGGCGGAGCAUAAGGCGGCCCGGACGCUCGGCAUCAUCAUGGGAGUGUUUCUGCUCUGCUGGCUUCCAUUCUUUCUGUGGUACGUCAUCACAUCGCUCUGCGGCGAAGAAGCUUGUCCAUGUCCGGACGUCGUCAUCACGAUACUGUUCUGGAUCGGGUACUUCAACUCAACGCUUAAUCCGCUCAUCUACGCCUACUUCAACCGGGACUUCCGGGAAGCAUUCCGGAAUACGCUCCAGUCCCUGCUGCCGUGCUUUGUCCGGCGUAGCCCGUACGGUCACAGCGUGUACUAUGUGUAGUAUUAAGUGCAUACCCGUAGGUUAUACAUAUAGACGAUUUCUUCAAUUUUGAUUUUGUUUGCUUUUUGUUCGAAUCGGAUCAGCUUCGCGGAAGAAAAGACGACAUUUGUUUCAACUUGUUGUUAGUGUUUCUCUUUUUUUUUUCUUGCGGCGAAGACGCAACAGUAAAAACCCUCCGACGCUGAUUGAAUGAACCGCGUAUGAUGAAUAUCUUCAUCAAACAGUGCCCCAUGUUUGCCCUUUCUUAUAACGGCGUACCUUUUUUGUCUACCCACGGGAGCAACCACAACUCCAUGUCUCGAAACCCCCCUCAAAAAAGCAUCCAAACUCCUUCCCGCCCUCGACCCCGACCCGUCGUUGAUAAGCUCUCUGCGGUAAGCUUUUUGCUCCGCGGGGUAUCAUGCUGAUCGAGUCUGACACUUUGUGCUGCAUAAUUGAACGAUUUCGGUACCACCCGCAAAGGUGUCACAAAUUUGGGCAAACGCCUGGAAGCAGGCAGGGUGGCAGGAAUGGUCGGGUGUUUGGAUUCAAAAUCGAAUUAGACAGCUGCUUACAACGCAUCGAAGAGACGCAAUCGGGGAAGUUUACGGUUGCAAAACUGGCCCCACUAUUGACUCACCGGUGUAAAGCCGUUUUGUGGACCCGUUCCGACAGUGCCCGGGGGUCGUGUCACCUCGUCGCACCGCCCGGGGGGGCAAAAAGCGCGUUUUGUCGCUCGAACCCUGACUGUUUGCUCACUUUGCCAGCCCGGCAGAUUGUGUCAGCUUUGAUCAAUUCACGCGACUCGCCUGUUCGGCAGCGGACAAAUAUUGACAAACAUUGCCGAGCGUAUUGCUUCCUGCAUCCUGCCCCUCAAGCCAGCACGAUGGGCUGCGUGUGGUACACAUACACUCGGGUGGUUUGGAUGUGUUCGUAACUGUACCAGCGAAACGAUCCGGAGCGAGCGUCACGGUAAGCAAACAUACGGGAGGUGCAAACGCUUUCAGCGUUAUUUACCCAUCAGCUUUUUCCCCAAAAGGGAAUUGGCUACCUGUUUGAAUGUAACUUGCUCGUCAACGGGCCUUUUGCAGUGCUUUUUUUGUGUGUGCCGAAGGCGGAACGGUAGCUCGCUCUCGCAGGACCAAAUUUGGCAAUAAUCCGAUUUCCAGCAUGGCAGUGCUGGAAGUUCCUUAUGCUGGGAAAUGGUGGUGGUGAUGAGCUCGAAGUUACAAUCAAUAUUGAUUCCAUACACCUACACAACGUUCUAAGCAGAAGCGCACAAAUUUUAAUGGGAAUUAAAAACAAAACAUGUCUCUAACCGGAUGAUAGUGUAUUAAACAUUUGCUUUUUUUUGUCUCCCGUCCCUAAAAAUAGAAAUAUUUCUUUGUGAUUACAAACGAGAUUCGUACGAAAGAGAGAUCCUUGCAAAAAAACAUCACUUAUAGGUACUUUAGUUUUUUAGAGACCUUUUUUUUUCUUCCUCGAAAUCGAAACUGUGUUCUUGUUUAAUAUUACGGACCCAAACAAUGCACCGAGUACAUAGUGUGAAAUGUAGCAAUAAUAGCUGUUAUUAAAUGAAUUUCCUCUCACAAACCAAGAGAAUCCUCUGUUUUGCCUUCCUCCCAUACUGGACAGUUGUAAGGCAUGAAGCGUCCUAUAUCGCUAUCUGUAUGUACGCCAAACCGUCAAUGUUUGUCUAAGCACAAACAUCACCAGCAGCAGCCACAUACGCAACAUGUCCUACCACACGUAGAUGUUACCUGUAGAUGUGUGAAUGCCGAUGUGUCUAAACACUAAAGUCGAGACGUACUCGCGCUAUAUCAAAGUAAAUUGACGAAGGCGCUUGAAACCUGAGGCAAUGAAAUUUAGGUGUUCAUAAAUUCAUAGCAUAGUGGAUCUCUUUGUUUUAAAGAGACGAAACUUGAUAGCGUUACGACAUAGCCAAGGUAGUGAUCGGUCUGAAUUUUAGUUCACACGAAGCUUUACAUCAUUUCGCGCCAAAAAUCGGUUGCCUCCUGCAACGGCUUAGUAGUGUUAGGUUCGGGAAAGCGCAUGAUGAAAUAUUUCACUAAAGGAGUGAAUACUUUCAUACCACGUAUAGUGGCGCCCUCGACGUGAAAGCUUCCGCUGUUUGUUGUUUAGUGCGAAACGUAACGAGGCUUUACAAGCUGCGCCAUUUUACAGUUCAAAAUGGAGAAUAACAUUUCAUUGCGUUUCAACGGUGAAUGCAGAUUGUUUAUAUUUUCGACCGAAACGAAUAGAUAGAAAGAGUUUUGUUUUUACAACAUUGCAAUCCAAACCGACAAUCCAGCGCGUUAGGGCAGACUUUUGGUUUUCUCCAUUUACAGCUUUGAUUGUAUUUCUUUUGUAAAAGAAUAUAAAAGACAGCAAAGCAGUAAUAAAUGUUAGUGGGCAAUGUUUUUUUGUAGCAAAUAUAUUGAUGCAGCAUGCAGUAAAUUGCAAGUUAGGAUUGAAACAAAUAGAAGAAAACUAAAAAACACUGUGUGAAUCGAAAUGAUGAACGCUCGAAGGGGCUGCAGCCAUUUCAUCAAAGUACUGUUAAAAACUUUCAAGUGAGAAAACUCCUAGCUUAAACAUUCAGACGGGUAAAUUAACACUAGUAAACGUUGCGCACGGUGUUAGUGUGUGUGUGUGAAAUAUUUUGUAUAGAAACCGUAGCGAAACAUUCUAACAAAUGAAACACUCACAAAGCAGAGAAGAAGCAAAAAUCAAGCAAACAAACACAGCGCCACACGCAUGUAAAGGUUGUUCCCCUCCCUGUAAUCAUAUCCGUCAAGAUAUUGGCGGCAAUAUUCAUCAGCCGACUGUGCAAAAUCUAUAGUUUACGAAAAAAAAAACAAACGCAAACAAAUUAGCCUGCAAACUAUUGAAGUUAAAGUAAUGUUUACUAAUAGAACCGCUACUGCUGCUGAAGCGUCAAACAGUUUAUGGUAGUGUUGGAAACUUUGCGAACAGCAAGCAGCAAACAACAAACAAACAAAAAAAAACAACCAUAUCCCCGCACAAGGAGAAAACGUACGAUGUUAAACCAACGCAACAUGAUGCACACGCUAGUUAACUGAAAACUGUAUCGCUGUUUGGUGUAUAUGUUGGUUUGUAUGUGUGUGUAUGUUUGUGUGCAUGUGUGAGUGUGUAGUGGGUGAGAGAUUACGUGUAGAGCAGUAUAUGAUUUUCAAAAACACUUCGGUAGGGUCGAAGGCAUGAUUUUUUGUUAAAAAAGAAAAGCUAUCCGUUAACAACUAUUUGUAAGAACUUUCUGCUACGGUAUUGUUGGGUUUUUGGCGUUUGAAAGCGUUCGGUUUGGUAAGAAUAAGGAUUUAGGUGAAACGAUUGUGCUCUCUCACUAGGCGAAAUUGUAGGUAAGCUAUGCAACGCGCUAUACCAAGCGUUCUGAUGGAAAGUAUUUUUUUCCACCAGUGGAAGGUCUUUAUCGGAAAGGAUAUAUUUAUUUACUGGUAAUGAAACACAUCUUGAUAGACAACAGAUUCCUGCUAUCGCAUGUAUCUUCACUAACGGAGGUUCUCUCUCUCUCGAAUAACAAUAAACACUUGCAAACAACCGUGAAUAAAGACUGUCGAAAAUAGAAACCAAUGUUAAA